AUGUUCCCCAAAGCUGGGAUCACAUUGACGGUCUCACUGCGCCAGAAAUGGAAAUUGAAUAUGUUCCUAGCGGUGGAACGAGGAGAAUCUGUACCACCAGAGGAGGUGGUACAAAGUUCAAUGCCUUUGGUUGUGACCAUGAAGAACUUGGACUCCCACUCAGGUGAAUCAAGCCUGUGGUCCAGCGAGGAGGAGGAGGUGCAGGUGAACCACUCGGCCAAGGUGCCCUACUUCAAGACGAAGCUGGACAUCCGGCCAGUGGUGGAUCACACGGCCUUUCAACAGGCAGCUUCACAGCAAGGCCCGUUUGCACGGAUAAAGAAGUUUCCGGACCUGGGGGUGUAUCAGCCUCAGCUGUUCAUCUCGGAUUUCUGGCUACUGGAGAAGGACUACCUUGAGUUGAAUGAGACUUCACAGAACAGGACGCUAAACCUGACUCUUUCCUACAGUGCUGUGAGCCUCUUUUCCUGGAGCAUCCAGGUGCAGAUGGCAGAACAAUGGAUGCAACAGAGCGAGUAUGGCCUUACAGACACUCAGCGUGAUUCGUUCAUGCUCAAGCGACUCUACCUGGACACCAACCCCUAUUUCCUGGCCUUCAGUGCCGCCUUCAUCAUCCUGCAUUCGGUCUUCUCCAUGCUGGCCUUCAAGAAUGACAUCCAGUUCUGGCGGCAAAACGAGUCGAUGAAGGGCCUAUCUGCACGCAGCAUGAUGGUAUCGUUUGUGAUGCAGCUUAUCACUGCAGUGUACUUGCUCAAUAGUCGAGAGACCUCACGGCUACUCCUCUUCGAGAUUGUGCUUGAUACGGGUUUGGCCUUCUGGAAGCUGCGCAAAGCUAUUAAGAUCGAAGUGGUAAAAGAAUUUCCCUUCAUCAGCUUUGGUGGCCAGAAAGGUUACGAAGAGGCAGGCACAGACAAGUACGACGAGGAAGCGUUGCGCUACAUGUAUGCGAUUGCUGUUCCGUUGUUCAUCGGCUUCACAAUACGUUCCAGCCUCUACGAGAAAGUGCGCCCCCCGCGUCUUUGUUGCAGGCUUCUGUAUGCAGGCACACCUCCGUCGCCCAACGGAGCUGAGGAAGUGGAGGUCGAGGCGCCGGAGGCAGCACGUUGGGCCUGGGCUGCUGCCCCGCGGCGGCCACGGGCCAGACGUCCACGACCCCGGCGCAGCUUCACACCCUCGACAGGGACGCCUGACACGGAGAGUCGACCGACCUCGAGUUCUUUUGGCGGUACCUGGCCUGAUUUGGCGGACGAGGAAGAGGACGACUUUGCAGAUGACCCAGACCCGGUACCAGAGGCAAGAUGGCUUGAGCAGGGCAAUGCAGUUGGGGCAUGUUGGGGCCAGAAGUUCCUCAAUCGAAUGGUCAUGAAGAAGCCCAGCAGGGUCACGAAGAGCAUCACCAAAACCAAGAGUCAGGCAAGUGGCAGCCAAAGCUCCAAAGCAAGGCAAGAAGCCGGAUCCACGGUAGUGAGUAUCAACAGAGCUCCCGUGCUUACUCUGUGGAUUACUGUGUGCAUGCGGCAACUGGGUCACAAAGAGGAGCUGGCUCUCACUGCUGCCAAGGCAGUCACAGCCCUGUGCGCCCGAGCAAAAGGAAGAAGCCUUGGCAUCAUUCCAUCAUCUCCCAAGAGGACCAAGGCUUCUACCCCGAAGGAGAACGAUACCGUUCGGAUUGCGGGGAUGAACAUUCCAGUCGCAAAAGCAUCUCACGAGGGGCUCAGAGCCACCAAUCGUGGUGAGCCCAUGGAUCCUCAACAGGUGCAGAAGUAUUUGACUUCCUCCUUUAAAGAGAAUCUUCAGGCCACUCGAAGUGCCAUGGAGGUUGCCGCGCGUCGGCGUACUUCGCAGGUCUUGAGAAGUGACUGCCUCUCAAUCUACGAGAAGUUCCGGCCCGAGUGGAAAGGCUGGGGAGUGAAGGGCGAGCUCAGUUUAAAAGCGGUCCGAGCGCGUCAAAAGAGCAACAACUCCAUGGAGGCCUUGCGUCUCAACUUGGCACAGUCGGGCCAUGCUUGGCCAGUGGGGUGUGCCGUGGAGGUGUUGUUGCCUCCUGGAGUGUUGCUCUCCCGCUGGUCUUGUCAGUCUGGACGCUUGGUGAACUACGAUCCUGAUGCCAAUUGCCUCGAGGUAUGCUUCACAGAUGGAUCCACCCAUACCGUCCCAGUGAAUCGAGCUCGAAGGCUUCCAAUGGGUAGCCCCACUGGCAACGGCCUCUUAGCUGAAGAUAGAACGACCGACGUGACCGAAGCCAUUCGGAUGCACGAGUCCAUCAGCCCAGAGCGCUGGUGUGUGACGUACAGGGAUCUUCGAUAUUUAUGGCAAGAAGUGGCAGAAGCCAUCCGACAAGGCGAAAUUGUGCCAGAUGAAUCGGCUUCUGAAACCAGCGAAGCGAUUGACUACGGUCCCAGCAUUUACACUGUGAAUGAGCAGUACAUAAAACCCAUCACUGCUGCAGCGGGCAAGAUGAGUUGGGCAUUGAUGAUGCAUCCCUUGGGUUUAGACUGCGAUUUGUUUGUGAGCCAUGCAUGGCAGGAGGGCAUUUUCGAGUUUCUGUCCAAAUUGUCUGCAUGCUGGCCCUAUUCUGCUCGGAAUGCAUGGUGUUGCAUGUUGGCAAACCCGCAGAACCUGAACAUUGGCUCAAUGUUGCAGUGUCCAAGGACAUCUCCAUUUGCGCUUGCGUUGCAGGCAUCGCGCCACAUGCUCGUUGUGCCAAAUCAUUGCAAAAGUUUAUACACGAGGCUUUGGUGUGGCUAUGAAGCUCAUGUGGCAUCGGAGCAAGGAAAAGUGGUUCAACUUGCCACUCCUCCCCGGAUACACUACAUCUAUCGAAGUCUUUUGAUCGCCACAGGGCCUAUCCUUCUGGGAUUAUCCGUCGGCAUCUUGCUUUGUUACCAUCAAGUGGACCUCCGACGUGAACUUGUCAUCUUGGAGUGCUGCGCAGCGGUCGUCAGCGUCACCACCAGCAACACACUGUGCCAAGUUGCGAAUCAUUGCGGCCUUCUGGUGGCCGCGUGCUUGAUGUCUUUGUGGCUUUCACUAAAGCCAACGACCUGCCCGGAUCCUGAAUCUACCCGAACAUGCUUUUUGUAUUCAGCUAUUUUUCAAGCUGACCUUGUAUGGCUUUGCGCUACUUUGAUUUUCUUCUUGAUUGCCGAGCUGGAUCGAAAGAAAGGCAUCGACUUGCUGCAGGCGGCCCAGCAACUUUCAGCAGGCUACCAAGGAUCUAUUUACUUUGCAUCUUGCUCUGAUGAGACAGACAAGGAACACAUUUGGGCCGAGAUUGAUGACAAGGUUCAGGACGUUGACAGCUCCAUCAAUGUCUUAAUGUCUGCUGGGAUGUCAUCUCCGGCCCUGCGGAAUGUCGCUGCGGCGGGGGUCAACAUCGAAUAUGCUGGCCACGUGGAGUAUGCGCUUCCUUCAGUCUUCUUGAGGCCUCAGUUGCGUGGCAAUGACUUGGGAUCAGGAAGGGAGAAUCCCUACAAAACGGAAUAG